AUGCGUAAGAGCACUCGAAUUGUAUGCUAUCAGUUCCAAGACAAGGGUUACUGCACUUAUGGUACAAAUUGCAAGUUUCUCCACCCUCUCGGCUCACGAUAUGGAUCAAGCAAAGGAUAUCCAAACUUCCCUUACGACCCUAAGAGAGAUGUGGCGGAAGAGUUUUAUCGCAUGUGCGACUUCUUUGCUUGGGAUAAAGAUGAUGUAGAACGCGAAGAAGCUCGUCGAGGAUUCAAAGACGCGAUGGUCAUCCAAUUCAACAGCUUGUACGGUACCGACGUCGCCAAUAUUGAGAAUUGGCACAAGCUUUGCAUAGCCCUCUACAUCGAGCCAUUGCCCGAAACUAUCCACGAUUGCAAGGAGAAAAUCAAGACGAUCCAUGUCAAUCUUGUAGAUCUGGUGGAUACCUCGCGAGAUGGAGUCGAGCUCUUUGCUUCCCUCGAAGAGUUGAGUGAGUAUACUAUUGAAAGUGGGAAGUAUUUUCCGAAAGAAUCUGCCUAUGCAGGCGGGGUUUUGAAGUUCUUGCUUCGCGAGAUCUUGCCAUCUUCAUCCAGCUGA